GUGAGGUGGCAAAGAUUUGGACUUAUCACUGCGUAUCCGAUAUUAUUGUGUUUCAGAUUAAAAAAAUUCAAAUAUCGUCUAUAUCAUCAUGGGUAAUGAGGUUACCAAGCUCUCCCCGGAGGAGUUGAAGAAUCGGCAGAUUCAGAAAGUCGAUAUGGAGAUGAGCAGAAAGAUGCAGAAGGGUAGUAGAUACAAUAUGAAGGUACUUUUGAAGGGUGAUCGUAAUUCAGGAAAAACCAUGUUGUUCAGAAGACUUCAAGGGCAACCAUUUAGUGAAGCCUACAUUCCUUCAACCGCAAUUUCUACAGCUCAUGUUCAUUGGAAUUACAAGGCCAGUGAUGAUACAGUAGUAGUUGAAGUUUGGGAUGUUGUUGACAAGGGAAAGUUGAAUGGUAUCACAAAUUAUGAGGAUGCUGUAAUUGAUGAAGAAGAUAAUCAACCAACUCCAGAACAACUUCAACUCAAAGCUCAAGCAAUGGCUAAAUCAACAGAGUAUGAAGUGGAACAAUUGAAAAAGAAAACUAGUUCACCAGCUGUAACAAAUUCACCAAAUUUUGGAGAUCAUCAAUUGACUGUUAUUGAUGCCAAUAUUGUAGAUGUUUACAAACAUUGUAAUGCUGUAUUAUUAGUCUUUGAUAUUACCAAACCUUGGACAUGGGAAUAUGUAAAGAAUGAAAUUGAGAACAAAGUUCCAGAAGGUGUUGAAAUUGCUGUCAUUGCAAAUUGUAAAGAUUUGGAAAAUAAGAGAGUUGUUACACAAAAUGAAGUUACUGAAUUUUGUGCUAGAAGAGGAGUUUUCAUCAUUGAAUGCAGUGGCUUGAAUUGUUAUGGAUUGAAGGAGAUUUACACUUGGUUAAACAUUCCAUUCUUAAAACUCAAAAUUGACAUUACAAAGAAGCAAUUGAAUAUUUUGGAAGAGGAAUUACAAUUCGGAAAGGAAGAAGUGGAUCUCUACUUGAAAACAUCCAAUUAUGCCAAUCACUUGCAAUCUCUCAAAGAAAAGAAGAAGGCAACCAGUGGGUUCACAGAAGAACUUGCCAAUCGUAAGGUAGCUGUUAAGAGACCAACAUUGCCACCAUCUACACCACCUCCUUCAACCAAUCACACUGCUCUCCCACAAGCAUCUCAAGUUCACAGACCACCAACCACAACAACUGUUCAACACAAUACUCCAGAUGCCACCUCUAUUCCACAUCAUCAACCUCAACCACAAACUCAAUCACCUGUUCCACCACAAGUCAGAUCUGCUCAACCAACCACUCCACAAUCUGCUACACCUACUCCAAAAACAAAUUCAGGUGGAGGAGGUUUCUUCUCUGCAGCUCUCUCUUACUUUGGCGGAUCUAGUAAGGAAACACCAAAACCUCAACCUCCAAAGGCUGUCCUUCAACCAGUUAUUACUGAAAGUAAGGAAAAGGUUGACAUUAAUAAUUUCUAUGCUGGAAAUGAUGAUGAAGAUGCUUUCUAUUCUGACGAAGGUGAACAAUAUGCAAGCACCAAUGUCACUACAAGUAGAUCUAUGGAAGAUGAAGAGGAUUCUCCAUCAACAAAACCUAAAAAGAAAACUACUAAGAAGUCAACAAAAUCUAAAAAGUCAACCAAGAAAUCAAAGAAGGUUGAAAGUGAAGAUGAAGAGGAAGAAGAGGACGAAGAUUUCAGAGAUAGACCAAUGAUUGACCAAUCUGUUAAUGAAUCUAUGGAAGAAUUAUAUGUUCCUGUAUCCAAACAAUCAUUCAAAAAGUCAGUUUUGGCUGCCACUACUAGCAGUCCUAGUCCAAAGGAAACUCCAAAACCUGAACCAGUUAUUGUCAAGAAGGAAAUCCCAACUCUUUCAAAGGAAGAAAUUGCUGUAGAGGAUGAUAACGGUUUCUACAGUGAAGAGGAAGAAACCAAAGUGGAGGAAGAAGACACUUAUGAAGAUGCUUUUGCCACCACUACUGACACUAACACUGCACCAGUUACAACUCAAGAAGAUGAAGAAGAAAACUUUUAUGGAGAUGAAAUUAAGGAAACCUCAAUGGAUAUUGUCCCAGAAACUAAUGAAUCAUUCUACGAUGACGAAGAAGAAAAGGUACAAGAAGAACCAGUUGAACCUCCAAAGCCAGCCAUUGUCUCUUCUCCAGUUGUUCAAGUUGAAGAACAAAAGCCUGAAGAACCAAAGCAAUCAAUCUUCUCCCAAAGAUCCUACUAUGAAGAGGAAGAAGAAAAGCCAAAGAAGAAAAAGUCCACUAAAAAGGCAUCAACCAAGAAAUCAUCUGCUGAAACUUCUGAAGAAAAACCAAAGAAGAAAAAGAAGAAACCAAAAGCACCAGCUGCAGAAGAGAGCCAGCCAUCUGUUCCAACUGGCUAUGAAGAAAUAUAAAGUUUCAAUAAAUUAUUGAUAGAACAAACUUGAGUAAUAAUACUUGAGAGUUCUUUGAUUACAAAA